CAUGCGCAAAAAGCGGGAGGCGCGAACCCAUGCGGAUGUGCCGCCGUGUAAAAUGGCGGCGUGACUCGUUCAAAAACAAAUACGGCUUUCACUCUUCCUUUUACACUCACUUGGUUUUGACAUUUUCGCCGUGUGAAAUUGCUGUUGUUGAAGUUGAAAGGUUUUAUACGCAGCCGCCUCUCUGACUCGACUGAACAUUCCAGAAAAGAGCUGGUGCAAUGGCAAAGAGAAUUGCAGACAAAGAGCUGACUGACAGGAACUGGGAUCAGGAGGAGGAAGGAGAGGAAGCAGGAACAUUUUCUGUUGCGAGUCACGAUGUGUUGAAGAAUCGUGCGAUUAAGAAGGCUAAGCGUCGAAAUGUCGGGAGCGAGGGUGACGGCAACACAGCUUUCAAAGGUUUUAAAGGUUUUUCUUUGGCCACAUCAGAAGCGAGCGCAGCCUCAACGACACCCAUUUUUUCUGCCUUUGGCAAUGGUGGAACCUUCAAAGGUUUUGGUGAUCUGACUAACGGUACCAGUGCCGCGCCCUCAUUUGAGGGGUUUUCAUCUACAACGUCUACCACUGCUCCAACAGGUCUCACAUUAAACAGCUCCUCCACCUCCAAUGCCUCGGCUGAUGUCACAACCAAACAGACCAAUGGCUCCUGUUACGGCCUGACUCAGAGUCCCAGCAGCAGCAACAGCAACGGCAACAGCAAGGAGUACAGUCGCCAGUUGACUGCUCUCAACUGCUCCGUUAGGGACUGGAUCACCAAACACGUAAAUGACAACCCACUCUGCGACCUCCAGCCUAUUUUCAAGGAUUAUGAGCGCCACCUGGCCAGCAUUGAGCGUCAGUACGGUAGUGGAGCAGGAGUUUCUGAGGAGAAAAAGCAGGAAGUGAAGCUCCCAGCAGCAGCAGCAGCAUCAUCUUCGUCUCCCAAAUCUGCCACUCCCUCCUUGUUGUCUCCUUCCUCCUCUAACAGCGGCAGCAGCGCUUUAAGUUCUGCUCCUGCUCCCAACACCUCAUUGUUCUCCCUUGGCAAAAAAACAGGCGAAGACUCAGAUUCAACUUCGACACCGAUCCCGGCUGGAGUCACUUUUAACUUUGGUCAGAAGGUUGACAGCUCCGUUCUUGGAACCUUAGGCUCCAAACCAGGCUUCUCCUUCUCCAACUCCUCUACCAGUCAGAAAUCACUGUUUGGAUCUUCAGGGUCUCCUGCUCCACUGUCUUUCAGUGCGACCAAAUCUGAAGAUGCUGCAGGUGAGAAUGCAGAUGAAGAGUCUGAGGAACCGCCAAAACCUGAGGUCAAAGAGGUGAAAGAAGAAGAUGCUUUCUACUCAAAGAAGUGUAAACUGUUUUAUAAAAAGGAUUCAGAGUUUAAGGAGAAAGGAGUGGGGACACUUCACCUGAAGGAGAUGACUGACGGAAAGACGCAGAUGAUCAUCAGAGCUGACACCAACCUGGGAAACAUCCUGUUGAACAUCAUCAUCCAGUCGUCCAUGCCGUGUUCCCGCCUCGGUAAAAACAACGUGAUGGUGGUUUGUGCUCCGAACCCACCCAUCGACGAAAAAAACCCAAACAACCCUAUACCGCUGCUGAUCCGGGUGAAGACUGCAGAGGACGCCGACGAGCUGCACAAGACGCUGGAGGAGAAGAAACGUUGAGGGUCAGAGGUUUUAACAGGUCUGCCACCCAGUGGUGGAACAAACUCCAUCAUGGUAUAUUUCAGUCAUCUUGGUUAAUCAACGCAACAAAUCUGUCAAAUCUGUUAUACUGUGAAAUGUUUAUUUUUAAUCAGAAGAAGCGGCAGCAACUGUGACAUCACCACCACAUUCCUCAGUGCAACAUCCAUGCUGCUGCUGAAACAGGAAGUAAAUAGACCAUGACAUAAACACGUUUUUUUUUAUCUGGUAACAGGAACUGAGCGUAGAUUAAAGAUUGUAAUUUUUAUGAAGAUCCCAACAAUCUAAAUUAUCUUCACUUGUUACCAUUAAGGUUUUUUGGGGGGAGAGGGAGCUCUGAGGAAAAAGUCAAUUUGGUUUUACAAAUUAAUACUGGCAGUAAAAAGGUUAAAUGUCAGAGCAACAUCAGUCUGCUGCUUUCAAUUUUUUUUUCCUUUUUUUGUCCUGCAGUCUAUUUAUUGGUCAGGAUUUGAGGAUGAAGCUUGAGUUUAAUGGUGUGAAAGGGAUGUGUCUGCUCACCUGACUUUUAUUCUGUUUUUUUUUUUCUGUGAACAUGGACUCUUAUUUUUUUGUGUUCUUCUGGACGAGGCUGUCAUCGUCUGAAAGUUUGUCAACGAUGAAUAAAACAAACAUGGCCACAGA